AUGAUGGUGGAGCUACUCCUGUGCAAGACGAACGAGAUUCAGGAUCUGAUGUUGAAGAUGAAGGAAAUGAGCAGCAUUCUGGAUCUGAGAAUGGAAGUGUAGGGCACCAUUCAGAGGAGUAUGUGGGAGGAAUGACACUUAAAGGUAAUAAAACCCUUGAGACAGCCUAAUCAAAUGAACACAGUGAUGGAGACGAGGAUGGGCAGAUGGGAGAGCCUCAUGAGACCGACUCUGACAAUGAAGAUAUCCCAAGGCAAAAGGACAGUGACUCAGAUAACGAGGAGCCUCCAAAUCACAAUGGGAGUGAUUCAGACAAUGAAGCAGCUGGUGGAGGGAAGGACAGUGAUUCUGACACUGAGGAGCGUCGAAAUCUUCAUUUAAGUGACUCUGAAAAUGAAGAAGCCUUAAAUCAUCGAGCAAGUGACUCUGAAAACGGAGAACCUCCCAGGGAUCACAGCAGUGAUUUUGAAAAUGAGGAGUCUCACAAGCAGACAGCCAGUGACUCUGAAGGUGAGGAGAUCCACAAGCAGCCAGCCAGUGACUCUGAGGGUGAGGAGCUCCACAAGCAGCCAGCGACCAGCGACUCGGAGAGUGAGGAUGUUUCCAGACACAAACAAGAAAUAGAGUCUGAGGACAGUGAUGGGGAGGACAGGAAGGAGGAGGUGCAGAAUGAUUCUCAUCAUUCAGAUAACAAACGCCUAAGGGAAGGAUUUCAGGGCUCUGACAGUGAAGAGGAAGCUCCAAAGAGACGGAAGAUAUCGGACAGCAAUGAAGAAGAGAAAGAGGAGGAGAAGACAGUGAAGAGGAAAACAGCUAUCCUUUCUGACAGUGAGGAUGAGAGUGAGAAAACACCUGCAAAAAAAGUACGAAUCCUUUCUGAUGUGGAAGAAUCAGAUAGUGAUGCUGCCUCAGAGAAAUCUGACAAGAGGAAGAAAACUGUUGUAUCAGAUAGUGAAGAAGAAGAAGAAAGAAAAGAGAAUGCUGGGAAGAAAAAAGAAGAGAAAGAUCUGUUUGGCAGUGACAGUGAAUCUGGAAAUGAACAAGAGAACCUGAUUGCAGAUAUAUUUGGUGAAUCUGGUGAUGAGGAAGAAGAGGAAUUUACAGGUUUUAACCAGGAAGAUCUGGAGGAAGAGAAAGGUGAUGCAGACAUGAAGGAGACAGCAGAUGAAUCUGACUCAGAUGAUAACAUCAAAAGAGGGAAGCACAUGGACUUCAUGUCAGACUUUGACAUGAUGCUGCAGAGGAAGAAGAGCAUGAGCGGCAAGCGCCGCCGGAACCGCGACGGAGGGACCUUCAUCAGUGAUGCAGAUGAUGUGGUCAGUGCUAUGAUUGGGAAGAUGAAUGAAGCUGCUGAGGAGGAUCGACAGCUCAAUACACAAAAGAAACCAGCACUAAAGAAAUUGACUUUGUUACCAACUGUAGUUAUGCAUCUUAAAAAGCAGGACCUCAAAGAAACUUUCAUCGACAGUGGUGUUAUGAGUGCCAUCAAAGAGUGGCUUUCUCCCCUUCCAGACAGAAGUCUCCCAGCACUAAAGAUACGAGAGGAGCUUCUGAAGAUCCUGCAAGAGCUGCCCAGUGUGAGUCAGGAGACCCUGAAGCACAGUGGCAUUGGACGAGCUGUGAUGUACCUCUACAAACACCCCAAAGAGUCGAGACCCAACAAGGAUAUGGCAGGGAAGCUAAUCAAUGAGUGGUCUCGACCCAUCUUUGGCCUUACCUCAAACUACAAAGGCAUGACAAGAGAAGAGAGGGAACAGAGAGAUUUGGAGCAGAUGCCCCAGCGAAGGAGAUUGAGCAGCUCUGGUGGUCAGACUCCCCGCAGGGACCUGGAGAAAGUGUUAACUGGAGAGGAAAAGGCACUUAGACCUGGAGACCCUGGGUUCUGUGCCCGUGCCAGGGUGCCCAUGCCCUCCAACAAGGACUAUGUGGUCAGGCCCAAGUGGAACGUGGAGAUGGAGUCCUCCAGGCCCGGGACUAUUAAGAGAGGUAUUAGUCGCUUGGAAAAGCACAAGAGGCGGUUUGCUGAACAGAAACGACUCAGCAAAGUGCAUCGGGCCAUCAAGUUCAGCAUUGAAGGCAACAGGAUGCCCCUGUAGCCAUGGCACUGCCUGCCCCACUUGGAGAGGUAUCCCUCCAGGG